UGUUGUUAGAGAUAUUGGAGGUAUGUCACUUACAUUUUUAUUGUGUGAAUACUUUCUUACUGGAACGUUUCUGUAGCACAACACUGUUACUAGUAUUUCUUAUGCUUAAUAAAUUUAUUAACAUAGUAGCAUUGUUUUGUAUUUGGUUACUUACAUCUGUUUAUUUUCUUUGAACAUGUUUGAGGUGUUUUAUAUAUACUAAUAUUUUAUGAUUUGCAUAGGAAUAAUGCAAACUAGUUGUUGCAAUGUUUCAUUUUUCUGGAUAGGAUGCCCUAGAGUGCUUAGAUCUGAUCAUGGCACUAAGAAUUGUCAUCUAGCUACUGCACAAAUUACUUUUUGCUUCUAUGGUACUGAUGCUUUACCUGCUGACAGAAGCUUUCCUUAUGGAAAUCUACUACAAACACAAGAAUAGAAGGAUUAUGGUCCCAGCUGCGAACGCAAAUGACUGACAAGUGGAUACUAUUGUUUCAGCAACUGUCGGAAGAAGGUUGGAUAUACUCAAAUGUUAACACAAAAAUGACAUGUUUUUGGUUUGUGUUCACUCAAGCUAUGGAGGCAGAGUUAGACUAUUUUACUCAUUGGUGGAAUACGCAUCACAUGCGAAAACACACACAGCUAGCUGUCCUGGUGGAGUACCAGAAGAUAUUUUUGCUCUUCCUCAGCUUACAGGAUCUGAGGAUUACUUGUGUGCUGUUGAUCCUCAACUGUAUGAUGAAACAUAUGAACUACUCGCAUCUAUUCAACUUUCAUUUUACUGCCGGGAAUUUGCGGAAGCUGCACAGUCAUUGCUGAACAUGCUUGACAUAGAUAUCAAUGUUAUUGAUGUCAAUCUAAGCGAUUGUAUUAAAGCAUACAGUGCCUUGUAGCUGCUAUGGAGUUCUGAGGUA